GUGUCAUCAGCGCCUGUCACAGUGGCGAAAUCAAUUAACUCUUUUUUGUUGAUCAAUUGCAAAUUCUCUCACAAUAAUCAUCUGUAUUUACCUUCGUCCUUUCCCUGUAUCAUGCUAUUGAAUUCAAUUUGUUAAAUAAAACGAUUCCGGACGCAAAAAUGAGCAAAAUGUCGAAAAAUAAGUUGAACCUAACACUUCCACCCGGUUCUGUUGAUCCCAUUCCACAGUCGGUGGUUCCGACACCUCCAUUCCGGACAACACCAUCUGGAACUGAUCGACCAAAUUUGCUGGGUAAGCCGAAGACCAGUAUUGAAGCGUUGACGGACACUUUGGAAGAACUGGAAAUGGAUGACAAAGCACGGAACCGCAUCAAAUUGUUUUUGAAUCAAAAGGAAAAAAUUGGCGAGCUACGAGACGAGGAUUUGGAGAAGUUGGGUGAAUUGGGAAGCGGCAAUGGCGGAGUCGUAAUGAAAGUUCGUCACAUUCCAACCAAAUGGAUUAUGGCCAGGAAAUUAAUUCAUUUGGAGGUGAAGCCGGCGAUUAAGAAACAAAUUUUGAGGGAACUGAAAGUGUUGCACGAAUGCAAUUUUCCACACAUUGUCGGAUUCUAUGGAGCAUUUUACAGUGACGGUGAAAUCAGCAUUUGCAUGGAAUACAUGGACGGUGGUUCGUUGGAUUUGAUAUUAAAACGAGCUGGUAGGAUUGCCGAACCAUUUCUCGGUAAAAUUACGUCUGCCGUGCUGAAAGGACUGAGCUACUUGCGCGACAAACAUGCCAUUAUGCAUCGAGAUGUCAAGCCAUCGAAUAUUUUAGUGAACACAAGUGGCGAGAUAAAAAUUUGUGAUUUUGGCGUGUCCGGUCAGCUAAUUGAUUCCAUGGCAAAUUCAUUUGUCGGAACUAGAAGCUACAUGUCGCCGGAACGACUACAGGGAACUCAUUAUUCCGUUCAAUCCGACAUUUGGUCGCUGGGUCUGUCACUAAUCGAGAUGUCAAUCGGAAUGUACCCAAUUCCGCCGCCAGAUUCGAGCACAUUGGAAAAGAUAUUCGGUCCGAACAGUGGAAACAUUUCUGGAUCAUCCGCGUCCGAUAUCGCCAAUAUGGUGGACUUGAAACCGACCGCAACGAUUGAACCAAAAACGAUGGCCAUUUUCGAGCUGCUAGAUUACAUUGUAAAUGAACCGCCACCAAAGUUAGAGCAUCCGAUAUUUAGCGAAGAGUUUAAGGAUUUUGUGGACAAGUGUCUGAAGAAGAAUCCGGACGAACGAGCCGAUCUUAAAACGUUGAUUAACCAUGAAUGGAUUCGACGAUGGGAAAGCGAAGAUGUGGAUGUGGCCGACUGGGUUAGUAAAACUAUGGAUCUACCGCCAUCGACGCCAAAUCGUAACGUUUCGCCUAACUGAAAAAUUUAGUCAAUUCGAGACGCAUGUAACGAGAAGAAAGAGGAAAUCAUUGGAAAUGUCUUACACUUUUACUUCUGAUUGUAAUUUUCAUUAAUUUUUAAAGAUAUCAUGUUGUCCGUGUAAGAGUUGCUGCUGACAAUUUUUUUCCACCACUUCCCUGUUGAUAAUAGUGAUUUUUAUGUUUCCUUUUUCGUUUUUAGAUUGGAAAGAUUUUUUAAGUGUAAAGCGUGUUUUAAGCUGACGAUAAUUUUGCCCGGAAUGACCAUUAAGAAAUCAUUCCCCAUUUUUAAUCAUUGUAAUUAUUGUGGCACAAACAAUGCAGAUAAUCAAUUAUAAAAUAAAUUAAAUUAAUUAAUCGUA